GGGAACUAGUAGCAGAUCCCGUUCCGAAGUGUAAAACAGAACCAAAUGGAAAAGAUCUGCGUCGCCGUUAGAGUUCGUCCUCUCGUUUCCACAGAUUCCGUCAAUGGAAGUUUCUGGAAGGUUGAAGAUAACCGCAUUUCUCUUCACAAGAUCCAUGGAACUCCAUUCUCUGGCUCUUCUUAUGCUUUCGAUCAUAUAUUCGAUGAAUCUAGCACGAAUUCGAGUGUUUAUGAGCAUCUCACUAAGGAUAUCAUUCUCGCUGCACUCAAUGGCUUCAACGGGACUGCAUUUGCUUAUGGGCAGACAAGUAGUGGGAAAACGUUCACGAUGAAUGGUUGUGAGACUGACCCAGGAGUGAUUCCUAGGGCAGUCAAAGAUAUAUUUGCGAAAAUUGAGACGAUGUCUGAACGGGAGUUUUUAAUUCGAGUUUCCUACAUGGAGAUUUAUAAUGAAGAGAUUAAUGACCUUCUUGUUGUUGAAAGUCAGAAAUUGCAAAUUCAUGAGAGUCUGGAGCGGGGAGUAUUUGUUGCAGGGCUGAGAGAGGAAGUUGUCAAUAAUGCUGAACAAGUGCUAGAUCUCAUUAAAGCAGGGGAAGCGAAUAGGCACUUUGGUGAGACAAAUAUGAAUGUAAGGAGUAGCAGAUCGCAUACAAUAUUUAGAAUGGUGAUUGAAAGCAAAGGGAAGGAUUCCAAUUCUUCGGAUGAUAGUUCAAUAAAUGACAUUGUUCGAGUUUCAGUCUUGAAUUUGGUAGAUCUUGCUGGAUCUGAAAGGAUUGCAAAGACUGGAGCUGAUGGAGUACGUUUGAAAGAAGGAAAAUAUAUUAACAAGAGCUUGAUGGUUCUAGGAAAUGUUAUUAAUAAAUUAAGUGAAGGUUCAAAACAAAGGGGGCAUAUUCCAUAUCGUGAUAGUAAAUUAACACGUAUUCUCCAACCUGCUCUUGGUGGAAACGCCAAAACUUCUAUUAUUUGCACCGUAGCACCAGAAGAGGUUCACAUUGAAGAAACAAAGGGAACUCUUCAGUUUGCUAGUAGAGCCAAACGAAUCACCAAUUGUGUUCAAGUUAAUGAGAUUUUGACAGAUGCAGCCUUGUUAAAGCGGCAACAAUUAGAGAUAGAAGAGUUACGUAAGAAACUUCAGGGAUCCCAUGCUGGGGUGCUUGAGCAAGAGAUUCUUAAACUUAGGAACGAUUUGCUCAAGUAUGAAAUGGAGCGUGGGAAGCUGGAAAUGGAACUGGAAGAAGAGAGGAAAUCGCGUAAUCAAUGGAUUAGCGAGCAACAGAUGAAAAUUGAAAAUUCCAGUAUUGCAUCGUUCUCAGUCUCAGAUUGUGGGACGAAUGACAAUCAGGGACCAAGAUAUUUGAGGAGGCAAGGGUUUAGGGAAGACUACAGUGACGUUAAUAGUACAUCCCAUGGAGAUAUAUUUAAAUCUCCCUGUUUAAAGACAGCUAGUGCUUUUGUUGUCAAGCGAUCAAAGCAUUCAAUAUUGCCAGACAGUAGUCCUCUUCCUGAUAGUAGUCCUCUUCCAGAUGCUUUCAACAAUGUGGCUGAUGAAGAUACAUGGUUGAAAAUGAACAAUGGUUAUGUUGCGAACCUUGAUUCUCCCCAAACGACUCCCACUCGAAACUUUCAAUCAUUCCCACUAAGUGAUACAACUCCUGGUUGUGCAAGUCAAGUUGAAAAGUAUGAACGGGAAGUUCAAGAUUUGAGAAGACAGCUAGAGCUUGCAAAUGAAAAGAUAAAUGAACUGGAGAGAAAGCAUUCAGAGGAAGUACUGUCAAGCAAGCAAUUAAUAGGCGAGAUCCCAGACAAUCAACAAGAAACACAACUAAUUCAGGAAUUGCCUCUAAGGUUAUCGGAGUCUGUGGAAAAUUAUAAAGAUAGCUUUGAGGAGGUUUUAUCAGUAAUGCAGAGAUUUGCAUUGGAUGGAAAAUUCUCAACUGAAAAAAUGCUGUCAACCAUGAGUGACAUUGGUGCACAGUUAUUUGCAGCUUUGGAAGGUCAGCUUACAAUAUUUACGAACGGUGAAAGGUCUUCCACUGCGAACUAUGCUUUGAUCCAAGAACCACAAAAAGAGUUUCAUGAGAGGGUGAAGAAUAUAAUAACAUCAUUGGAGUUAUCAGAAAGCUCAAUAACAAAAAAUCAAGACAGGAAUCCUUUGUGCAGCUGUGAACACAAGGACUCUGGUUUGGGAGGAGAAAUUGAUUCCUCAAAGGAUGCAUUGAAUGAAAGAUAUGAAAGCUUGGAAAAGGAGUUAUUACUUUUGAAGAAUGAAAGAGACUCUUUGUUACAGAAGUUCUCUGAAUCUUCUGAUAAACUUGCAACUGUUUCAAGCGAAAAGGAAAAUGUUUUGAAAGAUUUAAACACUGAAGCACAUAGAAGGAAAAAGCUAGAAGGGGAGGUUAAGCAAUUUACUUCAGCUUUUGUCUGUCGUCAGAAAUCACUUAUUUCUUUGCGUAGUGACCUUAAGACCAAAAUUGAGAAAUGGAAAGCUGAGACACCAAUUUCAGUGCCCAAGUCUUUUGGGUGUGAGGACUAAAUAUGUUGUAAAGCAUGAACAUCUUAGUGUUUUAUUUAUUUAUUUAUUUAUUUUAUAUUUAACAUCUUAGUGUUUUUUAUGCUCAUAUAUUAUUAUAUUUAUAUUUAUUCACUACACUAUUAUUCUACAUUGAUUGAAUUCUAGCCUCA